AUGAUGAAAUUUCUCGGAGAUGAGUCAUCAUCAUCUUGUUUUCAAAUUGACUUACUAGAUGAUCUUGUAGACGAAUACAAAGAUAAUCAGUUAAUUAGUGAUUCAUUGGAGAGAUGUUUGGCGAGGUCAGGUACCAUAAGUGAUGAUAACCCCAUAAUUAGAGAACAAGCUGAAAUACUAGAAAAAGAGUCAGAAAAUGAGAAAGUCUCACAAGGAGUUCAAUUAAAAAUUGAACUCAAAGAACUUCCUUCUAAUUUAAAAUAUGUAUUUCUUGAACUUGAAUUAUUUCCAGUAAUCAUUUCAUCUUCUUUGACUAUAGAACAGGAAAGCAAACUAAUUGAAGUCCUGAGAAAAUACAAAAGAGCCUUAGGGUGGACUAUAGCCGAUAUCAAAGGAAUCAGUCCAGCUAUUUGUAUGCACAGUAUUCUUAUGGAGAAUGAUUAUAAGCCAAUAGUUCAACACCAAAGGAGACUAAACCCAGCAAUGCAAGAAGUCGUCAAAAAAGAAAUGAUGAAACUUCUAGCAGCAGGCCAUGGUUUCUACUGUUUUCUUGACGGAUAUUCUAGGUAUAAUCAUAUACCAAUUGCUCCAGAAGAUCAAGAGAAAACCACAUUCACAUGCCCCCAAGAUAAUUACAGGAAAGCAUUUGAGAUUCUCAAGAAACAAUUGACGAAUGCUCCAAUUGUUAUUUCUCCUAAUUGGAGCGAACCAUUUGAAAUAAUGUGUGAUGAAAGUGAUAUAGCAGUUGGAGCGAUAUUGGGACAAAAGAGAGACAAGAUUUUCAGGCCUAUUUACUACGUCGAUGACAUAAUCAGGAGAUGUGUACCGAAGAAAGAAAUAAACAUCUUAAGUCAUUGCCAUGAUGGGGCUGUAGGAGGACACUAUGGAGGAAGAAAGACAACAGCUAAAGUACUUGAAGUUGGAUUUUUAUGGCCUACUUUAUUCAAAGAUGCAAGGAAUUAUGUCGCCACUUGUGAUAAAUGCCAAAGAAUCG